CGCAUGUAUACAUAACAAUCGUUACGAUAACGAUAUUUGACAGCCAGACUUGGCAUAACAUCAUCUAGAUCCGCAUACUGACGGAAGGGUGUAUUCUUCCGCGGCAACAGCCGGUAAGCUAGUCCCUGGCUGUUGAUCCAAUAUAAAUACUAGCACGCAGAUUGAUUCUACAUCCUACCAUGGGGCGUGAACACACAGCCAAAUGGUUUCUUCCGUCGUUCUUGCUGGCUUCAGCAGCUCUUCACAACGAGGAAGGACAAAUACGAAACAAGAGGAAAUUCUUCCCUUCAUCACAAACCGAAACUAAGCUAAAGGGCGGCGACUGGGUUGAAUGCAGCGCGGAAAUCCCCGCCCUGCUCUCGGGGUCAGCUGCUCACAGGGUUCACUGUCGUCUGCUGAACACGGGAAGUACAAACACAGUUUGUGGCUACACGGGGCUGGAUCACACCGCCUCGCCGUCCGUGCUGUCAGUCCUCGCCCCAGUCAGUGGUGGUGUUAUCGUCACACUACUACAACGACGACGUUGUGCACACACAGAGGAGCAGCGGAAGUGCUUGACAACAACAACAACCACUGCCAUCAUGGCGGCACCACUCGGUGUAUACCGUAAUGACAGAACAGAGACGUUCACCCCACGCAUCCAUCGUGACCCCUCCGAGUUGCUUACCGGUCAGUCGGAGAUCAGACUAACGAGACAGGACACAACCGCCAGCUUCUACGUCACAACUUUCAAGGGCGACAGGCAUCGGCAUUACGUCACUGGAGUGGACAGGUUAAGCUCCUACCUCGAGUGCCAGCUGUGGCUGGUCAACAGUCACAAUGUCUUUCACUGGACACACGAAAUGCUGACACACUGGCUGCGGGAACUGGAAGCCUUGGACCAGGAGACAGUCUUGACUCUGGUUGCGACUACAUACAAGAACAAUAGAAGGGUGGACACCUACCUUGAAGUUGUCUUCAUUCCGAUUCAUCUGGAUGGAAGAGGGGUGGGUAGUCAAGUGAAACACGGUUAUGAGAUUCUGAUCCGUGCGAUACAGAAGCAAACCGUCAUCAUCAAGGUGACCAACGUCAGCUUCCAACGACCUGCUCAACAAAUCAGGAUUCGACACGGCGCCCAGUACGGUCAUUUUCUGCGAGCAGAAUCCAACUGCCAGUCGUUGAGCAUGACCUACGAUGCCAGUGGCUGUGAACAUGUCUUCACGUGCUACAAGUUCGUGGGCGACGAUGACACCCUGGACCGCGUGGUGUUCCUGUGUGUGCUCCAGGUGUACGGAAAGAGUCAGUUCAUCGUGCCCAGCCCCACCUCCAGUCGCCUGACCACCUUAAAGAGCAGCGCCCUGGACACCAGCAUUGACAGCCUGAAGGAGGCUGACCCGAGGUUUUUCGCCAUGGUCACCUCAGGACAGGGGGAGGAGACCUACUUCCUCCGGCCGCUCAUGUUCCAAAAUUACUUUAUUUACUACGAUGCGGUGGACGGAUUGAAGCUGAAGCUCUGUGACCCUCCGCCCUACGACGAGAGAUUUCUGGAAAAUGUCAGCAACUUCACCUUCGAGUUUCUGCCGGCGCCACCCAGCGACCUGCAGCGAUAGAUGACACCAGCAACGAUAGAUGACACCAGCAGCGAUCGAUGACACCAGGCAGUCACCUGCCGGCUCCAGGGGAGGAAACACGUCAUUCUAUUGACUGUACAUUUUCUUUGUCAAUAGACCGUGUCUGUACAUAGUGUAAAUAUAGGAUUGCACGCCUUGCUGAUUAUCAGGGGCAAUAAAUGUCAAAACAAAU